AAGUGUGGUGUCAUGGCUGCGCCCACCGUCAAUACGCUGGAACGCUGGCAGAGAAACUUUUUCGUUCUGUGCUUACUGUACCAUUAGACGACUUGUUCUGCAAAGGAUUUAGUUUUCGAGUUCAAUAUGCUCUGGAAUUCUUGUGCGAACAUUCUUGCUUAGUUUUGUAGCGGCGCUCUUCGCUGAAAUGGCGUUAGGACAUCAGAAACCGGGCCGCACUUAAGUUUCUUCUGCAUAAACACUGCAGCAUUUGCUGCGAAGGAAGAACAAGCCCGCGCUGACGGCAGGUGACCAACUUCGUAGCAUCCUUCCGACCCAGACAACAAACCUCGCACAAUGAGCUACAAUCUACAGACCGUCGAAGCUGCGCUGAGGCAGCUUUACUGCAACACGGGUGCGGGCUGUGCUGAAGCAAAUCGAUACCUGACUGAGAUGCAGGUGUCAGCCCAAGCAUGGGACAUUGCCUGGCAGCUUCUUGACAUGACCAAGCCAGUGGAGGUUCAGUACUUCGGUGCAACGACCUUACACACCAAGCUGUCACGGCACUGGCACCAACUGCAGCCACAUGAAUAUGACGACUUGCGAGUCCGAUUAUUGCAAGCCAUUGUGAAGUAUGCACGUGGCCCGAAGCUCGUCCUGACCAAAGUCUUGGUGGCUAUGGCAUCGUAUGUUGUGAACACAAUUGGAAGCUUCUGGCCUUCUGCUAUUGACGACCUGCUCCUGUCAUUUUGUCCAAAGGUGUUCACAAUCCUGGCACCUGACCACCUCCUGAAACUCCUGUUGGAGCUACUGACCUUCAUUCCCGAGGAACUGCAAUCGACAGAGCAGUCAAUCCGAGGUCCAAGUCGGCAGCCACUGGAAAUGUCCAGUGGCAAAAUCUUGACCUUUAUCAACCAGCUCGCGGUGCUAGAUGCUGAUGCUCUGAGUUGUCUCAGCUCGUGGUCCCAGCUUGGCUUUGACUGGGAGAAGCAGUUGGUGUUGCUGCCACGUGUAUUCAUGUGCAUCCGGGAGCCCGAGUUCUGCCGGCCUGCCGUUGAAGUACUGACCGUCAUUGCAGGACAACCGGACCUUCACAAGUACCCCAAGUUUGUCUUGGAGAUGGUUGAACAUGUGGUGCAGUUAGAAGAUGUCUACUCUGAAAAAAUGGCCUCUGGUGAUACGGAAUCGUGUGGUCACCUGUGCAGUCUGCUUGUGGAAAUUGUGGAGUGCCACACCCACAGCUUGGUGACGAUGCUCCUCUCUAAGCCUGACCACAAGCCCAUUAUACUGAGGCUAUUUGACCACCUGUUGAAGUUCACCGGGACACCUCGUCAGUACCCUAUAGACGAGACGUGGAGCAGAGGCUCUCUUCCUGCCUGGCACGCCCUGCAGGAUGCAGUCUCCGCAGUCGAGGGCUCCCAGCGCGAAUCCCUGCUGCUUCUGCUGCAGCCACUCUGGCAGAAUCUGUUCGAGGCCCUUCUGCGCAAAGCGCAGCUGCCUCCAGACAACUCUCACUGGGAUUCAGAGGAGAAAGAUGCCUUGCGGUGCUGUCGCCAGGACAUUGGAGAUUGCAUUAUGGCCCUGUUUGAUAUCUUGCGGGAGAGCCUGCUCGCGGCGCUCGCAGUUCACCUAGAACUGGCGAUGCGGGCCCUCGAGAAGGACAGCCGGGCCUGGCCGGCAGCUGAGGCAUGCCUGUUGGCACUCCAGGCGGUGGCAGAGAACGUCAGGCCCCACCAGGAGCCGUACCUGGGUCCCCAGUUCCGUGCGGCCCUGCCUCGCCUCAUGUCUAACCCGCACCUCCAGCCAGCUACCCUAGUUUGCCUUGGCUCCCUCGGCAGCUGGCUACAGGACCCCCAGCAGCUUGGCGUGGUGCUGCCUGUGCUUCUUGCGGGCCUGGAGGCUGGCCCCAGGAUGUCUAUGGCAGCCUCCCUGGCCCUCAAGGACCUUGCCCGAGACUGCCCUCAGGCCCUUGCCCCACACACCCAACCCCUGCUGGAGGUCACCCAGCGACUUCUCCUGGGACAGCAGCUGCGUCCUCGUGAGAGGGUUCGCUUGCUAAGCCUGGCUGGCCAGCUGUUGGCGUCUUGGAACCUCGGACUCUCCGAGGCUUGGCUAUCCACAGUGCUGGAUUACCAGCUACAGCUGCUGCAAGCAGGGCUGCCCGCGGUGGGGGAGGCAUUACGCGAGCUGGCAGCACUCCUGUCGGGGCUGGCAGGUCGGGAGGAGCCGCCCUCACUGGUCGAACCAGUGAUUGCACGAGCCCUGCCUGCUCUCCACGCUGUUGCCGCCAGUUAUGCCCGUGAUGAGGACACCAUUGAGGCUCUUUGUGAAUGUGUCAAAAGAGCAGCUGUCUCACUGGGUCUACCUGCAGCUGAGCAGCUCCUGUCUCUUUUGGUUCAACUUCACGAGGCAUGUCCCCAGGCAAGCGUUGUGGAAGCCUGUCGGCCAUUACUGUUGAUGUUAUCGAUUCCUGCUGACAAGCCUCACCCAGCUGCAGCUCCAGCGCUUGGACGAAUCUGUAAUGCAACCUUGUUGCCGGCGGCAACAUCAUUUAGCAACUUUCAAGAAAGCACAGCUGUCCUGGAGUCAUUUUACCAGCUUCUUGGCACCCUUGCCCGCAAGGCUGCUUACCUGCUGAGCAGUGAUGCCGUCAACCUAUCCAUGGCGUUCCAGUGUGCUAUCGUGGCUAUUACACUUCCUGAGAAAGGGACAGUCAAGGCAGCUGCACUGUUCCUGGCUGAGGUGAUCCAGCAGAGCCAGCAGCACGUGUCGCUUGUACAACUUGUACAAGUAGUCAACGCCUACCGGUUGUCCCUUCUGGAGAGGUGUCUCAUGGUGGUUGGUGGCGGCGAGUCGCCACGGUCAGCGGUAGAGCCCAUGGCUGACGUGGUGCUGGCACUGACCAGGCAGAACCUGCAGGCCACCUCCCAGGUCAUUACGCAACUGCUCUCGCAGCCAGCCUUUCCAAGCCCACAGCUGAAGCAAGAACACAGAGUGCGCUACUUACAUCUGCUACUUAGAGAGAGGACCAACAAGCGCCUCAUAAAGGAGGCACUCGUCGAAAUGAGCCUGGUGUGUCGGGGACUCGUGGGCACAGAGUACGCAGCCCAGACAACGCAGCAAUUCCCAUAGGCUGCUCAACGAGCUCAGUGAUAGAGAACAACUUUUUAUGGUGGGUUGGGUGGUUCUUGUUCAACAUAAAAAGGGUUUCUGUGCGAAAGAAACAAACACACAGUAAAGGCACACGAAACGACAGGGCGUAGUGCGUGCUUCCAACUUAUUGAAAGAAGCAUCAACAAAUAAUUAAGCAAGUAAUCAAAGCCUUUUCUGUUUGCCCCAAGACACGGUCUCAAGUGUGCGAGUGUGUCUUUCAUACUAAUCACUGACAAAGAUGCUUUAUUUCCGCACAGUCAUAUUUGACAGAUUCAGCCUUUAAAUCUCUGACUCUUAAAACAUUUUCUUGGGUAAGUUGGCUUAUUCAUAAUUUAGGAAAGAACAGUGAAGGAGGGUGCGAAGAGCCAUGCCAGUUUUCAUCUCAUUCUCGUUUUUUUAGUGCUGCUGCUUUCUCCUGACUCAUGUUGUGUUAGCGUAGACUGUUUAUAACAUAAGUCGUUGGAGUCGUGAAUUUUCGCAUUAUCACUGAAACAUUUUUCAAAGGCUGUGCGCAUGCAAAACAUGUAAAUCAAGCAUCUGUGCGUGUCCUGGAAUGGAAGCUUACGACCGGGAUGUGCCCUCACUUUUGUUGGCGAGGUGGUUUCUCAGCUUUCCAUGUUUCGUACCAUCACUGCGAAGCAUUUCGUUGACUCUGCACUAAACUGCAACUUUGGUUGCCGACUGUUGAAAAGAUGGCGCUGGUUAGGCCUAACUGGGGAGCAUGCAGUCUUGGGAAGCUUGCCCUUUAUGUAUGUUAGUACGAGCAGACGAUUUCACGGAGAUCUGACUUGAGAUCACGCACGCAGACUGAACUGAUGGCAGCUCGCCUGAAGUGGGGUUCACAGGCGAUCAGCUGGCAACUACCACGAACACUUAUGCCGAAAGUUUGUAUGGACAUGUACUGGUAAGAAUGGCGAAAGCUUGUGUAGGGACAGUGUUCCCAACUGAUGAAUUUGCGGGACACACAGUUGAAACUGGCAACAUCGCGGAGUCAAGGUGACAUGUGUGAUAUUUGCACUUCGCGACGAUGCGCAUCGUGCCAGGCAAUCGUAAAAUGCACUCGUGGCCGCGACUAAUUUUUUCGUGAUGCUAGAGUUGUAAAAAACAAUAAAUUGAUUUUACAAUCGAAGUUAGUUUUCCGAACCUGCCUGAUAAUCCAGACAUUUUUGCAACCCCAUUUGUGUCCGGAAAAAAUCAUUCGAAGACUGUAUUUACUUUCUGCACACAGACUGAGGAGCCAAAGAGUAACAAUAUGCGUAUGUUUCGUGUGAACUGCACGGCGUUGACAAGCGGUCGGGGCAAAAGGUUUCUCCAUUAUCUAGGCUAGCUUAGGAAACCCCUGCACACCUGCUGAGCCAGCAUGCUGCUGCCACAUUCUUUGUCUUUUUUUCCCCUCCAUUCUUUGUUUGCCAGCUCUUUCUGCGUCUCCUCCUCCUCCGCAUCACCCUAGUCGCUCCCUCAUCGGCCUGCAGACCUCAUUGAGAAGCACGCUCGCUGCCUCUCUUGUCCACAUUAUAGCCGGUAUUCUGUCUCGCGUGGCUGAACUAUAAGCAGUAUGCGUAUACAUUGAGUUCUAUGGGAAGGUAAACGCGACUGAGAAAAGACUGCAUUGUAUCCUGUCCUGCAGUAUAAGUGAUGACGUUAUAAGUGGUCUGAGCUGUAUAUGAUACGUGGUAUUUGUAAUAGCUUGCUUAUAUAUUCCUUUGCCAACAUGUCCUUUAGUAAAGUUGGAACUGUGCGCUAUGUCCCGUCGUUUCAUGUGCAAUUUCUGUGUAUUCGUCUCUUUGCGCAGUAACUGUUCUGUCUGUGAUAUCAUUCUUAGUACAUUGUUUUCUUUUUGUUCACACAUCAUAGCAGAUGACAAAAUCAGUGUGCUACUGACUUCUAGCGCUCAUCAAUGCAUUUACCAUUUGUUGUAAAGAUCUCAGCCACACUUCACACCGUGAGACCCUACUGUGUACAGCUGUGUUUGGAUGAAGCAAUAGCAAGACUGUCCAGCAGAUUGCACAUUGUUGCCAAAAUUUUCCUGUGUGCUCACGAGUGACUCACCUUGUGUUGAAUGUCUCUCCACUCAAUGUUCCACCUCAACUUCAGAAAGUCAAAGGCAGUUGCUAUAUGUCAACAAUGUGCUUAGGCGAAUACUGAGCCAAGUCAGGCAAGAUUACCGUCUGCUAAAGUCAAGACAGUUUUCUUCUUUAGCUUUGCUGCUAGGUUCUCCACCAGGCAUAGGGACAAAAAUUUGUACAGUUAUAGCAGACUUUCAGUGCAUGGAAAUUAGCAUCUUCUUGUCAGCUUUUUGUACAGAUUAAGUAUCCUACACCAAUGAACAGUAACUGUUCUGUUGGCCUUGUUUCCUUGUACAGUUUUAUAAAGACGUUCACAACUGAAA